GGAUUAAUCCUGAGUAAGGGAAUGUCUCCAUCUGCUGGUGAAACAGUGGAAAUGUGGAGACGUGCAGGUGCGUCAAAGUAAGAAAUAGGACCGACAGUCUAGUGCGUUUAUAAUAUUUGAGCAAAAGUUGCCAAGAAUGUCAUUUGAAGGAUUCACUUUAAUCUAAAAUCACACACACAAAAAACCCUGUAAUUUUAUUUUAAACGGUUUAAGGUCAAUAUUGAGUAUUUGUUAUAAUUGCACUAUCUUAUAAAGUGACUCUAAAUGACAACCUGAACCGGAGGAUUAUUAAUAAACAGUUUAAAGUGGAGGAGGAAAGACGUGUAACCAAAAAUACGAGUCGUGUUUGACCAACAGCUCUGGGAUAAACACACCGAGGUGGAAGUGGCCCUUCCGUUUGCAGCAGCCCGCACAUCUUUGGGGGCGACUGUUUUGUUUUUUUUUCCUAGCAGGAGUGGCGCUCGGAGGGGUUUAAAAAGGUGCAGUCCCCAAACUUGGGCGCAACAGAGCUCCCAGUGGAAACCAGCAGGAUGAACGUCAGCAAGCGACCAGGGAUGAGGGCGCUCCUCCUCGCCGUCCUGCAGGGUCUCCUCAUCGGGGAAGCCUCCCCGAACCCGUCCCCGCUGGCUGGAUCCAACUGGGGAAACCCGAGGAGAUACGUUCACCUGCAGACCUCCACGGACCUCAGCACCUUCUACCUGGAGAUCAGGCCGGACGGCGCGGUGCGCAGAGCCACGUCCAGGACGUCAUACAGUGUAAUUCUACUGAAAGCUGAAACACGGGAGCGCCUGGCCAUCUUCGGAGUCAAAAGCAACCGCUACCUGUGUAUGGAUUCAGAGGGCAACUCCUACACCUCGUCUGUUUGUCUCAGAGAGGAAUGUUUGUUCAACCACAAGCUUCUGGAGAACAACCGUGACAUAUACUACUCCACCAGGAACAGCAUCCUGUUCAACCUGGAGGGCUCCCGGCAGGUGUACGUAGCGGGCCAGAAUGUGCCGCAGACCGCCCUCUUCCUGCCAAAGAAGAACACGGUGCCGCUGGAGCGCCUCCUGCUAAACAGGGGGAAGAGGAACCAAGUGGUGGACCCCUCAGACCCACACAACGCCCUCAUCUUGAAGACCGAGGACGGCUCGGACUCCAGGGCCGUGCGAGAGGACGACGGAGACCUGGAGAUGGAGGUGGAGACUGAGGUUGGGGACGACGGGGUGAACGCCUCCAGGGAGACGCCGCAGCAGGCUCCGUCCAACCACGACCCCUGGAACGUGCAGUCUUCCAGACAGGCUAGCCCCCGGAUCACCGGCACCGUGGGAUGAGCUUACUCAUAAAGCUGCAGUAUGGAACUUUGAUUAAAAAUACAUAUUU